CAGAUAUUCUAGUCUAUAGCAGUGGUCGUUUCUUUUAAAUUGUUUAUUUUAUAAGUAAAUACAAAAACUAAAAAGUUUCAUAAUGGAUAAAAGUGAAAUUCGCAGAAACGCUCAUUUGGCUCAUAAUUCAAAACGAGAAAAUGCGGAUCUCGUGGAGAAGUGCAAGAAUAUGACUGAUCGGUAUCAAAAUCAGGUCAAUGACAUAUGUAUCAAACUUAGUCCUCCACCAGAUUAUAAGUGGUCUUAUUUGUGCUCUGAAAUCUGGUCCAAAUUUGAAGAAAAUGAACAGUCUGUUUACGAUCUUACAAAUAAAUUAUCGAUUUGGAAAAGGAUUAGCCAUGACUUAGAAAAAUAUCAUAAGAAUGGAGGAUUCUUCGUGGUAGGUUCUAUGUUUAAUGGCUUCGGUCUCAACCAUAGUGCCAUAGAUCUUGCAUUUAUUGCGAAUUUCAAGAAACUUCAUGGAGCUAAUAAAAAAAAAUCGAAAGCGAAUUUGAGUGACCUUAAACAUUUAUUCACUAACAAUGAAGACGUAAAGAUCGUACAAGUAAUCAAGUCAUUCAUACCAAUUCUAAGAUUAGAAGACAAAUCUUCUGGCUUGCAUAUUAACGUCACAUAUAAUACCCUGCCAUACGUUCGCAACACUUACCUCCUUCAAUUAUAUUCGAAAUGUGACUGGAGGAUACGUCCAUUAAUGGUCACCAUAAAAUUAUGGGCUAAACAUCAUAAGCUACUCGACAGUCAAAAAUUCAAUAGUUUCCAUCUAACUAUGAUGGUAAUCAGCUAUUUACAAUGUGGAACUCGACCCAUUGUUUUACCAAAUCUUCAGCAUCUGUUGUAUGAAAAUUUGGCGUCAGUAAGAUAUGUACCAAAUAUAAAUUUUGCGGAAAAGAUAAUUAUACCUUUUCAAUCAGCAAAUAGACAGUCUUUGGCUCAACUACUCAUAGGAUUUUUUGAUUAUUACGUUAAUUUCAACUUUCAAGAUAACGUUAUUGCUCUUCGUAAAGGAAAUGUGCUACCAGCCAAUUUUUAUUGUAAGAAUUUGUCAAAUAGAAAAUUUCAUUCUGAAUUUAAAGGAAACUGCUUAAAAAUCGAAGAACCAUUUGAUAAAUUUAAUUCAGCCAAGUCAUGCGAUAAAAAAACCUUAGAGGCAGUAUUAGCUGCAUUUAAAGAAAGCUGCGUUAAACUCAAAACAUCUUGUGAUUUGAAAAGCAUAUUUCAUGCUACUGAUGGUUUAGCAGAAGAACUGUAGUUGAAGAAGACAAAUAUUGCACAUAAAUUAGCUUUUGUACAAAUGAUUCUGGGUAUAAC